UUGAAUCUUUCUAGUUCAAAUCCUUCUAGCUAUGGGUGGGAGGAGCCUUCUUGUACAUCGCGUUCUUCUGAAGAAGAAAGUAAGUCUUGUGAAGCUCCCACCAGUGGUUCUGGAAGACAGAGAAAUUGAAGAACCUGAAUUCUUCAUAUCAAGUAAUGAAAUAGACUCUUCCUAUUUUGAAGUCAAAGUUGAAAGUGAAGAGUACAAGUCAAUUGCUUUGGAGGUGAAUCUUCCUUAUUCAAACCUUAAAGAUGUAGCAGAAAAUAUGGAAGGAAAUGCUCUUUCUAAGGGUGAUGAAGAGAUAUUGUUUGAGGACACUUAUGAUGAGGACGUUCGAAUGCAUUGGGAGAGAACAGCGAACAAUUCUUUAGGAGCCAAUAUAGAUGUGAAUUUGAGUUCUGAUCGUCAGCUUGUUACUCAGUUAUUAGCAGAAGUCAGAGAGCUGAAGUUGUUACACGAUAAACAAGUUCAGAAAAUCAAUUUACUGCAGCAGGAGCUGGCUGGAUCAAAAAUUGAAAUUCAAAGUUUAAACAGCCGGUGUGAGAUGUUAGAAAGUGAUAUGAAUCCUAAGAAAAGCAGCAUGGAAGGAAAAGAGCUUCAGUCAACUGAAGAGAUUCAUGCAAACCUUGAAGAAUCUAUAUUGAUAGUGGGAGGUUUUGAUGGUUCUUGUUGGUUAUCAACUAUGAAUUGCUAUUAUCCUUUCAGGGAUAUUAUGGAAUCUCUUCCUGCAAUGAAAUCUGUGCGUUCACAUGCCUCAACAGCUAAGUUAGAUGGUGAAAUUUAUGUUCUUGGUGGUGCCAAUGGAAAAGUGUGGUAUGAUACAGUUGAAUCAUAUAACCUAGAAAAUCAUCAGUGGGUUAGUCGACCCUCAUUGAAUCGGGAGAAGGGAAGUUUGGCCGGUGUAUCUUUAAAUAAUAAGAUUUUUGCAAUUGGUGGUGGAAAUGGAGUUGAAUGUUUCUCAGAAGUAGAAAUGUUGGAUUUAGAUGCUGGAAGGUGGAUCCAAACUCCAUCGAUGAGACAUGAGAGAUUUGCUCUUGCUGCUGGGGAACUUAAUGGCAUUCUCUAUGCUGUGGGAGGAUUUGAUGGGAAGAACUACUUGCAGUCAGUAGAAAUAUUGGACCCGCGGGAGAAAUCGUGGAGAGAAAUUGCGAGUAUGUCUACAAAGAGGGGAUGCCAUUGUUUGGCUGUACUCAACGAAAAACUAUAUGCAUUGGGUGGAUACAGUGGAGAUAGCUUCAUCCCUACUGUCGAGGUAUUUGACCCUCGUCGUGGUUCAUGGACGAUAACAGCGCCCAUGAAUGAACCGAGGGGCUACUCUGCUAAUGCCGUGAUUGGAGAUACAAUCUACGUUUUAGGUGGUACGAAAAACAAGGAAUUUUCGGAAACGGUGGAGUGUUACAACGAGGAGCGAGGUUGGGAGUUGACCAACCUAAGGGCAUUUGGCAAAAGAUGUUUUUUCUCUGCCGUCGUCAUGUAAGUUCAGAAUUAGAUGGUAGAGGAAUAUA